CAGUAUUCACCCCUUGUAGCUGAGCCCAGUCGCACAGUCAGAUUUUGCUUCCGAGCUUUAAUCACUCAAGUGCAACUUGAUUGCGGAUUUAUCCCUUUUUUAUUAUUAUUUUUUUUUUCUUAAGUGUACUCACUGCUAUGUUUUUAGUUCUUGCUGUUACACCAGAACUUAAGGAUUUUUUAAAAAAAGCUCGUAAUGGAUCUAUCCGGCUCAUAAAAGUCAUCAUUGAAGAAGAGCAGCUGGUGUUGGGAGCAUACAAAGAGCUAUGGCACAGCUGGGACCAGGACUACGAUGCUUUUGUGCUUCCACUUCUAGAGGAUACUCAGCCGUGCUACAUACUUUAUCGCCUGGAUAGCCAGAAUGCUCAGGGCUUUGAGUGGCUCUUCUUGUCAUGGUUACCUGACCACUCCCCGGUUCGACUGAAGAUGCUGUACGCAGCCACAAGGACAACUGUAAAGAAGGAAUUUGGAGGAGGGCAUAUUAAGGAUGAGAUUUUUGAAACGUUGAAGGAAGACAUUGCCCUUGUUGGUUACCAAAGACACGUCUGUUCCUGCGCAGCUCCAGCUCCCUUCACUGCUGCAGAAAGAGAACUUCAGCAAAUCAAGAUAGAUGAGGUGAAAUCUGAAACUAGUGUAGAGAGCAAGCAGCAGACCUUACAAGGACUAUCGUUCCCCCUGAGACCAGAGGCUGAGGAAGCUAUCCUGCUGCUGAAACAAAAGAGGAUCAACUAUAUACAGCUGAGACUGGAUCUGAAAAAAGAAACCAUUGAUCUGGUUCAUACCAAACACACUGAGGUCACUGAGCUCCCAGGAAGGGUCCCGAAAGACUCAGCCCGUUACCACUUUUUCCUUUACAAACACUUUCAUGAAGGCGACCACCUUGAGUCUGUGGUGUUCAUUUACUCCAUGCCAGGCUAUAAGUGCAGCAUAAAAGAGAGAAUGCUUUACUCCAGCUGCAAAAACAAGCUUCUGGAGUCUGUAGAGAAGGAUUUUCAUAUGGAUAUUGCAAAAAAGGUUGAAAUUGAAGAUGGCUCUGAACUAACAGGAGAGUUUCUUUAUGAUGAAGUUCAUCCCAAGCAACAUGCCUUCAAACAAGCAUUUGCCAAGCCCAAAGGACCUGCGGGUAAACGAGGACAAAAAAGACUUAUUAAAGGGACUGGUGAGAAUGGAGAGGUCAGCUAAAUCUAAAAUCCAAAUCCAAGCUUGUUUUAUCAAGCAGAGCCAGAAAUCUGCCUCUUCAACUUGCAAUAACCUUUUUUUGGUUAAUUUUGCUUUUCUGCUAUGAGAACUGACAUAGAAUAUGUGAGCCGCCAAGUGAAAUGCCGCUUACCUCUCUUGUACAUUAGCCGUGGCUUGUUACACUGAUGUGAUCUGGAUUUUUUUGUAAUUCUUGCUUUUGUUCCUCUUUGUCAAAACCAUGUAAGACUUGAAGACUGAUCUUCUCUGUGCUGAUUUUCAUAUAACUUUGCUACCAGUAUAUCUACAUAUGCAAGAGGACAUCAGCAUACAGGUAAAGUAGGUUAGUGGACACUAAAAUGCAUAAAAAGAAAAACAUUUUGUCCUCAGUGACAGCACUUUAGAAACAUGGAAAUCCUUGCUCCUCCUUUUGGGCGUGUCUAUAUUCUUAGACUAGUUCCUUUUCUGCCAAGUUAGUUUUGCGUUUCAUGGUCCUUUUUCUUCCUGCCAUAAUCAUAACUUCAUGCCACCUCAUUUGAUAAUUUUACAUAGAGGUAGAUUAUUUGGGGCAUAUUUAUCAAGGUCAGGCGGACCUGAUGCGACACUGUGUAUCAGGUCCGCCAGACCUCACUGAAUACGGCGAGCAAUACUCUCGCCAUAUUCAGCAUUGCACCAGCAACGCCGCCCCCUGCAGACUCGCGGCCAAUGGGCCGCCAGCAGGAUAGUGUCAAUCAACCCGAUCGUACUCGAUCGGGUUGUAUUGUGGCGAUGUGUGUCAGGUUAUGGAGCAGCGGUCUUUGUGACCGCUGCUUCAUAACUGCUGUUUCUGGCGAGUCUGAAGACUUGCCAGAAACAGGGGCCAUCAAGCUCUAUAUGGAGCUUGUUAAAUAUAGCCCUUUAGCUGAGAUUUUGGAAGUUAUUCUUUACAAAUCUAGCUACAUUUUAUAUUUCACUUUGUAUUAAUAUUGUUUGGUGCAUAUAGUAAAAUACAGUUGGGAAAAUCAAACCUUUUAUAGCCUCAUCGCUUACCAACAGUGAAAUAGUGCUACGAUUUGUCGGUUUUUGUAAUUUAUGGGUACAGUAGGAGUUUUGUAUGACCUAUGCCUAUAAUGUUUGACCUGAAAGAGGAAAAAUAAAAUAGUUGCUACCUGCUCUAAAACAUACAGUAUAUCUUCAAAAGGCCAAAAAUCCAAGAUUUGUUGUGUUUAGAAGAUCAAAAAAUGCCCUUAUGUGACCCACUCUAGCAACAGGUCACUAAAACAGUGAGCUCUAAAAACCAUUUGAAGUGGCACUCAAACAAUAAACUCAAACAAUUUAAAUUAAACAAUAAAUGUCACCAGAUUUGAAUGACAGUGACCAGCUACAGAAUAUAUUUUACUUUACUAUCUUUAGUUUGUACAGACUUUACACCUUUUUACAUUAGGGAGAUUUCAGCAACGGACCACAAUAACACUUUACUGAGUUAAAGGUAAAUAAAUCUGCAUUAAGGGAAUUCUUUAAUCAGAGAGAGGAUUUUCUUAUUGCUUGUGUAUAACUAUGUGUUUAACCUCCAUAAAGGUGUUAAAGGGACAGUAAACACCUGGAGAAUGUUAGAUAAAUGUUUAGUGAUGCAUAAUAAAACAACUUUGCAAUAUA